AUGAUUUCUCUCCUGUUACUUGUUUUCUUUCUACAACUGGCCAUAUAUAUCAUCAACACAAUCGGUGCAAGCACAAUCGACAAUCUGCUAUGGCUCCUUUACCUACGAUCACCCUUCCCUAUUUCGAAAGAUGCUCGUAAGAACAGCGAGCUGAAGCGCGAUGUUGUUCAGCUUAAACGAGAAAUGAACGCAACCAGUUCACAGGAUGAAUUUGCUAAAUGGGCCAAGUUGAGACGGAGACAUGAUAAAGCAAUGGAUGAAUACGAAGCGAUGAACCGAUCUCUCAAUUCGAGAAAGACGUCCUUCCAGUUCUCCAUAAAGACUGCUCGAUGGCUCAGCACAACCGGACUUCGAUUCUUCCUACAAUUUUACUACACGAAAACCCCCGUAUUCGAGCUUCCGGCAGGCUGGUUCCCAUACCCUGUCGAAUGGAUCCUGUCGUUUCCACGCGCACCGCUGGGAAGCGUCAGUAACCAGGUUUGGGGUAGUGCCUGUGCGGCUGCUAUUACUUUGGUGGGUGAUAUGAUCGUUGCAGCGUUGCAGAGAGGUGGGCAAACAACGGGGAACAAGCAGGCUCAAGCUGUUCCGGCUGGUGAUAAAACGAAAUGA